UCAGCUGUCCACACGUGUUUAGGGUUUGGGGAUAAAAGACAUUAGUUCCCUGAUCUUAGUGUCCGUUCAUUAACGAUUUGACUCUCGAGCAGUGCAGUCCUACGUGCAGUCGACAGUGGGGAAAAUUUUUCAAGUGUGUCAUUUUUUUGCCAACAACAAGCAGAUCCCAAAAUGUCUAAGGACCUAGACCCGGACUUCUGCAAUUUAUCAGCAACACCACCAUCAUCCCUCGAAGAUUCUCCCACUUCAACUGCUGUACCUCCCGAGAAACGCAAAAAAAUUGUUUUCAUUCAACCAGGACAACCCCGUACAUCCGUGCCUAUAUCGAUCCCAGCUACUUCCACCCGCAUACCACAAAUCACACGCACAAUAGAACCACGAGCAUCAUCGUCAAAUGAACCAACCGUGCCUACCAAGCAAUCGAAACUUAUAUUAGCUAGAACUAUACCCACCACAUCCGUGCCGCAGCGAAAAUUAUCCACGCAACCUCGUAUCACAACAAAAGUUCCGGAAAAAUCAUCCCUUCCUCUACCGAUGAAUGUUGCGCAGCAUACACAUAAAAAAGUAAUAUUGGUAGGGAGAAAAGUGCCCACCAAAUCAUCGCUAGGAAUCCAGCAAACCACUACAGCCAUACCCUCCGUGCAGCAACCAUCUUCACGUAAUCCUAAUCAGCCAACAAGAAAAGUGCCAGAGCGAUUCGUGUACCAACCACUGAAACAGCAACCAACAUCGGCCCUGAAAAAAGUACCCCCAACAACAUCCUUACCUGUGCAGCCAACCACUCUCACAUCUACCGUAGUGCAACCACGAGCAAUGCCACAGCCGACCAAGCCACUUCCAACAGAACCACUUCCGCCAGAACCACUUCCGACAGAGCCACUUCCGGCAGAGCCACAACCACCCACGAUUAACAGCAAGCUCGAUGCAAUAAUGCGACAGCUAGAUGGACUGCAAAUGUCGGUGGAAAAUUUAGAUAAACGCUCCAGGCGGAUUGAAAAAUCAGUGGGGCUGGUUCAGGUAACGACCGACCAGGUGAAAAAUUGUGUUUGCAAUAGAGUACUCCAAGCCCAUCAGGAAGAAGAAUUUGAGUUUGAACUACUGAAUAAUGUGGAAGAAUUAAAAGAAUUUAAUGAAAAGCUGUCUGAUCCCCAGUACGAGGUUAAAAUAUUUACAUGGGCGAACGGGCGCAUUGCCAGCGAAGCUCCCGAGACGAGGAUGCAGGAAGCAUUGAACUUUUUGUUCACGAAGGAGCUUCUCGCGCAAUGCAGUUGGACUGGUGGUGGCAGACCAGUAAAAAAAUUUCCGUUUCGCGAGCUACGAAGGGUGGUAAAGCUUUUUAAAAUGAUUGGCAGCAAUCGAUUCUAUGCCAUCAAUGAAACAAUGGUUGCAAAUUUUAUCGGCAAAAAGCUUCGCUACGCUCCGGACCAGGUGAAAGCCGAAAAAACGCGGAAAGCCACAAAUCCAUCUUGUCUAGAUGUCGAAGAAAAUGUAGAUGAAAACGCGUGAAAUAAUGUAAAUAUUGUGUGUGUGUGUGUGUGUGUGUG